AUGGCGGGCGGAGCGAGCGCCGGCUACGUGAAGGAGUUCACCCGCCACUGCGGGGAUGUGCUGCUCAACCUCAACGAGCUGCGGCACCGACACAUCUUGACUGACGCCACCCUGGCGGUGGGCGACGCGUGCCUACGCGCUCACUCAGCCGUGCUGGUGGCCUGCAGCGGCUUCUUCUACUCGCUUUACUCACGGCACGCGCAGCAAGUGACGGUGUCGCUCCCUAGCCACUUGGACCCGACUUGCGUCUCCCUCCUGUUGGACUUUAUGUACACGUCCCGCCUCCCCCUGACGCCAGCCACCGCCCCGGGCGUGCUGGCUGUGGCCGCCUACCUUCAGAUGGACCACGUGGCCGAUACCUGCCGCGACUUUAUGCGGCUACACUGCAGGGAAAACAUGAGUGUCAGACACCCCCGAUUGGAGCUGGACCCCCAGGUGUCUGUAGGCUCUGUGGCCCCUGAAGGCGGGGAUCUGCCCAAUCUGGUCAGCUAUUUUUCCUUUAGAACACCGGGGAAGACCGGGGACCUGCUCACACCUGUUUCAGAGGAGCUGAAAAAGGAACCCGACUCGCCCCCUCCGACUCCCGACAGCCCGGCGCGCUCCCGCUGCCAGCCCAGCUCGCCCGCCGAGUCCAAAACCUGCAACAAAAAUCUGCUGUGCGACACUAACGCGACGCCAAAUCCAAAGUCGUGCAAUUGGAAAAAAUACAAGUACAUCGUCCUGAACCCUCUCUGCACUGGGAGCUCAGUGAAAGAGGAGCCGCAGUUCCGUCAGGUGCGGCCUGGAGAAGUGCCCGGUCAGAUUGAUAGACAGGGGCAGGCCUCCUGCUACGAGGGUUCUGGCCGAGCCCCUCCCCUCGGGCCACCCGCUUCCAUGGAGGACGGAACAGCUUUCAGCACAACUUCUACCCAUCAUCGCCACCAUCAGGCCGUCAAGCGAGCUAACUACCAUCUGCCUCACGGUUACAACACCGGAGGAACUAAAACGGUUCUCUCGGGCGACAAGCCGUACCGCUGCAACGUGUGCGGUGCCCGAUUCAACCGCCCCGCCAACCUCAAGACGCACGCUCGCAUCCACUCCGGCGAGAAACCGUACCGCUGCGACACCUGCGGAGCGCGAUUCGUUCAGGUGGCUCACCUCCGAGCGCACGUCCUGAUCCACACGGGCGAGAAGCCGUACCCCUGUCACACGUGCGGCACCCGCUUCCGCCACCUGCAGACCCUGAAGAGCCACCUGCGCAUUCACACCGGAGAGAAGCCUUACUCGUGCGACAUGUGCGAGCUCCGUUUCCGCCACAAGAGUCAACUGCGACUGCAUCUGCGCCAGAAGCACGGCGCUGUGACGAACACCAAGGUCCGCUACAAGGUCCUAAGCGCUCCACUUUGCUCAUCCUGA